AUGGACAGCUUUUCCCACGAGCCUGAGGAUGUCAAGUCAAAACUUCCUGGGCCCUCCGGCCUCUUGCUCUCCCGUGUCAUCAGCGCACCUGAACCACGCAGACACGAUGGCCCAGCUCCAUUUCCAUUCGACUUGACCCCUCUGAAGCGCGACUCUCCCAUGGAUCGCCCUCCCCAGCGUUCUGCCUCCGAACUAUCAUCCCCGUAUGCCCGACAGUUCUGGCCGUCGGCCGUUUCUAGCCCACCCCAGGACGACGCCACUGAGAUACCAGACAAACGGCCACGGCUGGAACACAUACCAGAAAGAGUUGAUGGCGAGGUGGAUACGCGCAAAGAUGGAGGGAACAACUACUCCGGCCGCUAUGAUUACCCGGAGUACCAAGAUGCCUCUGCACGAAGACCCACAGAAAGUGGCCUUCAUCGGCCCGCUUCCGGACUUUGUCACAAUUGUUACAAUACAGAAAGUCUGAUAGUGGGCUUGGUGAAAGGCUUUCUUGAUCUCCAGGCGGAGAUAAGCCAGGCCCUGUCCAUUCCACUGAGUACCAGGAGUCCUAUCGAUAACAGCGAAGCCGAACUUAGUAAGCUAGGCCUCAAAGAGUCACUUGCAUGGAGCAUACGGGAAAUCCAUAACACCACUCGCCUCAUCCAUCACAAUACCGCCACAAGGCCAGGGUUGCCACCCCUGUCGGAUGUGGUUCCAACCCCUUUCGUAAACGACAUACGGCGUCUAUCCCUACACGCCCAAUCCCCCGCAGCAUCUCCGUCUAUAAAUGAUCCUCGCAAGACGCUUACUUCUCAUGAUCCUGUUCGGAUGGAGGCCAUGCACCGGAGACCUACCGAUCAACCUAUUGAGUCGACUCCGCGACCGCUUGAUCGUUCACUCCCCGCCAUUAUACCACCAGACGAGAUGAGACGAAGUCAGCAGCACGAGCAUAUGGUCACAGGCAUUGGCCAAUCACCACACCCGUCGUCGGCGAGUUCGAUUUUUGGGUCUGCUCAAUCUCCCAUGCAAUCGCAUCCAUCUAGCCUAGCUCUACCUUCUCCUCCAGGAGCGCAUUUUGCACGCACUGGGAGUUCAGGAUCUGCACAGUACUCACCAACGGCGACCCCGGCAGCACAUCAUACACAUCUGCAAGAUCUGCAACACCAAAUCUCGACCAAAACACUUGCUCUACAAACGCUGCAGCGUGAGCACGAUCAGUUACUAGCGGCAUUCUCCAGGUCCCAGAUACGAUGUACUGCACUGGAUAAGAAAUCCCAGGUUUCGGACCAUGAGAUCAACACUCUAACCGAGGACAAGAUUCGUCUACAACAGGAAGUGGAAAGUAUGGAGAGCCAGAUUCGAGACCUGAUGAAGUCACGCGACGAGGUCCAUCAACAAUCUUCAGCCGACGGGGCUCAAUGGAGGCAAAUCAUGGCCAUGUCGAGUCAACUGCAACUCAAAGGAGCUGACGACGCUCGUCGAUUCAGGGACGAGCGUGAAAAUUGGGAAGCCGAACGCGAAUCCUUGAGGAGGCGAGUAGAGGAACUCGAGUCCGGUAAGGAAGCCCUUCCAGAGACCAGGACAGUCUCUAGCUCCACGACCCCUGUGGCAAACGAUUUCAUUCUGACUUCGGACUCUGUCGAGACUCUUAGAGCGGAAAUUGUCAGAUUGAGGCGAAAAUGCACAGAGCUAGAACUAAUGCUGCAGGAGCUGGCUAGUGAAGCGGGCUCGAUCGAGAGUGCAAUCAAUGCAAUGGAGAGCGUUAGAAAGACACUUGUUGGCAAGAAGCGGCGAAGCGAUGAGGGUUAG